AUGAUGUCUGUUUGGGGUAUAUGGCUGGUGGCUGCAUUUGGCGUAGACUCGGCCAAGAUGAUGGUUUACAAUGGUGUUCCCAUCAGCCUAUUCAUAGUUCUCUGUUUCACCACUGAGUCCAAUGUACAAUUGUUUUAUGCAAAACUAAUGUCCAUAAUCUACGCCUUUGUGAUGCUUGCGGUAUUAAUUGCCACGGCUUCGCAAAUCGUUCUGGAAACGGUAAUUUCACCUACUUCAAUGUUCAUAGUGACUAUGGUGUUGGUGUUCUUCAUAGCCGCUUGUUUACACCCGAAAGAGUUCACGAAUAUAAUCUAUGGUAUCGUGUUCUUCCUCAUGAUUCCUUCCACUUACGUAUUUCUGACGCUAUAUUCGCUCAUCAACCUCAAUGUCAUUAAUUGGGGAACACGUGAAGCUGUCGCAAAAGCUACCGGGAAGGUCGAAACAUCUUCAACAUUUGAACGAUGGCUACGUCGUAUCGGUGAAGGUCCUUGGUCCGCGCUUUGUCCAACACUCCGUGCUCGACCUGAUGAAGCUUUACAACUGAUUGAAAGGAAAUUAGAGCGAAUGGAACGCUCGGUCGCUAAUCUGAAGAAAGGCUGCGGAGAUGAAGCUAAAGCUGUGGAGCAAUUGAAGAAGAUCGCAAGAGAAGUAGAUGAAGCUGAGGGCACCAGCGAUGUUGUGGAAAUCCGGCGACCAGUAACUGAACCGGAACCUACGAGAGUAGUCGAUAAAUAUAUGUGGAUGGAGGUGGAUUACCUACAGUUCUGUGAACGUGGGCGUCUCAAAGCAGCAGAGGAGCAGUUCUGGAGCCAACUUAUUGAGGAGUAUUUGAAGCCAAUUGAAUCCACUGCGCAGCAACAAAGUGCGAUUGCCGAAGGUCUUGCCUCACUGCGCAACAAUAUCGCGUUUGCAAUUAUUUUGGUCAACGCACUACUUGCCCUUGCGAUCUAUCUGAUCCAAAAGCAUAAGAAUGUUCUAAGUAUCCGAUGGACGCCGUAUCGUGACUUCAAGUGGACCAAAAUGAACGAAAUGACUGGUCAGUACGAGGAAACUAAGGAUCCGUUGAAGAUUGAUCCACUAGGGAUGGCUAUCAUUGUGUUUUUGCUAGGUAUUCUCGUCGUACAAACAAUUGGUAUGCUCAUUCAUCGUCUCAACACCAUGGUCGGAGCUUUUCAAGAGGCAAACCAACUACAUGAUUUGGUACCAACACUAAAAUCCAAUAAAAUAGAAGAUGAAAGGAUUUUGACUGCUGCCCGCCAAAUGAUAGAUACAACAUCGUAUGCAAUGAGUCACGCCGCAGAUGGUUACACAAGGCACCGCGAACUUGAUGUAGAUAACGAUACUGUUCUGUAUAAACUGCAAAGGGCACGACUUGCGAAGCGAAUGCAAAAAGCUGAAGAAAAGAAGUAG